AUUUUAAUUCAUCGGUUGAAGUAUUUGUGUAGUGUAUGAGGUCAAACUUUGAAAAACUUCUGUUCAUUUCAGCAGUGGCAUGAAGAACAUAUCUGCGAGUCAUCUAAAAGUUGGAGAAAAUGUGUUGGUAAGAACAACGACAAUGAAUUUUGACAAGAAAUUGAUGAGACCGCCGACAUAAUAGCAAGGCAGUAUAACAGAUGGACAGAAAUGCGAAUCAUAAGGUUGCGUCUUGGGAAUUGUGGUCAAUGUUCCUUAAUACUAAGAUUGCUAGUAGUGUUAGGCGGGAUAUUCUUACUUAGAGCGAUAUGGGUCACACCAAGCUAUAAGAAUGGAACCCAAACGCAAACUCGAAACUUCGUAUUGCGUAACACAAGUACACGUAAUUCACUUCAAAGAAGCAUCUCGAGAUUAUUAUUCAGUAAUGGAUACACUGAGAAAGAAGAAAAUAUAAUAUCUUCAAUGUUUGAAAUGUAUCAUCCAAAAACUAGAAACAAUACAUAUAACUUCACAUAUAUUCACGUGCCAGAUAUUCCUCGACAGGAUGAUAGACCUAGACGGCUUUAUUUAGAACAUGGGACCGGUCGCCUUGGUAACAAACUAUUUCAUGUAGCAGCGGCGAUCUCCAUAGCGAUAGCCAACAAUAUGGAACUAUAUUUACCGUAUGAUACGGAUGUCGUAAGGAUAUUUAAUAUGACACAAUUCAAUACGUACACACCACCGGAGUAUGACGCUUUUAACAAAUCAGGAGGAAAAAUUAAGAUUAUACACCAUGUAAGUUACGUUGAAGAAUACAUGGAUAUGGCAUGGAAAUAUCAUGUUAAGCUAGACAAAGGGGGUGUCCAGACUUACUUAUAUUUCUGGAAAUAUCAGCCUCUAAUCCGUAGCUUAUAUGUUUUUAACAAGUUCAUACAAUACCAAAUUCAGUUUUUCAUGAGCGAAUUACAGAGAAAAUACUCUCAAUUCGGUAAUUUGACUUAUAUUGGGAUACAUUGUCGUCGUGGUGACCGUGCAUAUGACAAGGAGAUCAUAAAAGCUGGAUAUCAAGCGACACCUAUAUCCUACUUCCAAAAAGCUAUAAAUUUCACGCUUACUCGGUACAAGACACCUAUCAUUUACGUAGUGGCUACGGAUGACAGAGACUGGACGACAAAAUACCUCAAAAACCCUGGAGAAAAUACAUUUAUUGAGCAUACUCCCUGGGGCUUAACUGCAGAAUAUGACAUGGGUAUUUUAUCAAGCAUGAAUCACACAAUUAUGUCAACCGGAUCAUUUGGAUGGUGGGCAGCAUAUUUAGCAGGAGGUGACGUAAUCUAUUACAACCAACCAUUUAAGCCUAAAACUAUUCGAGGGAAACAUUGGCAAAGGUGGUUCCAAACGCAAAUGUACCCCAGAGAAGACAACUGGAUCGGUAUGGAUGCCUCGUAAAUGAUCAUGAUAAGACAUACAUGCAAUAUAAUUUAAGGUAGUUUAUGACAUCAUGUUCUCAAAGUUCAAGUUUAUGACAUCAUGUACUCAAAGUACAAAUUUAUUACAUCAAGUACUCACAGUUCAAGUUUAUACCAUCUCAUGCACUCACAGUUAAAGUUUAUGGCAGUAUGUAGUGCUCACAGUGUAUGAUAUUAUGUACUUACAGUACAAUGGUAUGACAUCAUGUACUCACAGUACAAGUUUAUGACAUCAAGUACUCACAGUAAAAGUUUAUGACAUCAUGUCCUCAUAGUAAAAGUUUAUGACAUGAUGUACUCACAGUAAAACUUUAUGACAUCAUGUCCUCAUAGUAAAAGUUUAUGACAUCAUGUCCUCAUAGUAAAAGUUUAUGACAUCAUGCACUCACAGUAAAAGUUGAUGACAUCAUGU